AUGGGUCGUGGCUUUAGUUUUCGACUCUUGUAUCGAGUCGUUUUCUUUUCCUUCUGUCUGAUUUUCGCCUGUUUAUAUCAUGGUGGUGGUUCAGAGUAUGACAGGCGAGAAGAUAAAACAGAACCGAACAAAUUAAAAGAUGAAUUCAAAGGCAAACCCUUGAAUGUCAACGUUUCUCUCGAACAAGACGAACGCGUCCCUUACUUGACAGAAAAUGCGAAACAAAUUGAUGGCCGCAAGGCUCGGAAGAAAACUGAUCUUUCAAAGAUGGUUAGAAAAGGUAAAUAUUGAAAAUGUGAGAAUGUUAGCACUUCAGAAGAAGUAAUUGUUAACCAUAAUUUAUUUUUAGGAACUGCGAUGAAAACCCUCCGAAGUGAAAGAAUACAAAAGAGCCCACUACUGCCUUUUUCAACAUCAUCGCCGUCUGAGGUAAACGUUCAACGCAAAGAAUCGACAACCAUCUCCCACUCAAAUGAGAAAGAAUGGCAAAACGGUGGCAGUGAAAACAUAUCUCCAUUGGAAAAUCAAAUUUUUCACGAGAAUGACUUGAGAAAAAUAGCCAAAACAGAGACGUUCGCCUCACUCACAACUCAAAAUCUCCGGAGCAGACGUGAAAUUGAUUCGAAAUCUGAGUAUACCCAGGAAGAUCUAUUAAUGUGCAACGAAUCAAUCAUCAAUAUAAAAUACGAUGACGAAUACAAAGUUCGGACUGAUUUAUCAAUACUCUAUAAGAAGACGGUGUACGAUUAUACUCAGUAUCGAGUUGUGAAUGGUAGCAUAAAGAUUUGUAACUCCACUGAUAACUACGUACGCAAGAUUUGGAAGGUACGCAAUAAACGGGUAAAGGCGAAAAUUCAUCAAAAAAGUUGCAAUAAACCCAUUAGAGAGUCUUGGUUGUACCAAAAGUAUUACACUGUGAAUAAGCAGUUCACUGUCUACUUCGCAGCUAUGAAUCAAUAUUUCACAAGAAAUGACUAUGGGGUGGAAGACGGUAAACCUUUUACAUGCCAAGAAAAGUUCAGACCCACAUCAACAGAGUAUACCCAGGAAGAUCUAUUAAUGUGCAACGAUUCAAACAUCAAUAUAAAAUACGAUGAUGAAUACAAAGUUCGGACUGACUUUUCAAUACUCUAUAAGAACAAGGUGUAUCAUUAUACUGAGUAUCGAGUUCUGAAUGAUGGCAUAAAGAUUUGUAAUUCCACUGAUAACUACGUACGAAAUAUUUGGAAAAUACGGAAUAUAUGGAAAGUACGCAAUAAUUGGGUAAAGGCGAAAAUACAUCAAAACAGUUGCAAUAAACCCAUUAGAGAGUCUUGGUUGUACCGACAGCAUUACACUGUGAAUAAGCAGUUCACUGUCUAUUUUGCAGCUACGAAUCAAUAUUUCACAAGAAAUUAUUAUGGGGUGGAAGACGGUAAACCUUAUACAUGCAAAGAAAAGUUCAGAUCCAUAUCAACAGAGUAUACCCAGGAAGAUCUAUUAAUGUGCAACGAUUCAAUCAUCAAUAUAAAAUACGAUGAUGAAUACAAAGUUCGGACUGACUUUUCAAUACUCUACAAGAACAAGGUAUACGAUUAUACUAAGUAUCGAGUUAUGAAUGACAGCAUAAAGAUUUGUAACUUCACUGAUAACUACGUAAGGAAUAUUUGGAAACUACGAAAUAAAUGGGUAAAGGCGAAAAUACAUCAAAAAAGUUGCAAUAAACCCAUUAGAGAGUCAUGGUUGUACCGAAAGUAUUACACUGUCAAUAAGCAGUGCACUGUCUAUUCGGCAGCUAGGGGUCAAUAUUUCACAAGAAAUAACUAUGGGGUACACGACGGCAAACCUUUUACAUGCCAAGAAAAGUUCAGACCCAAAUCAUCAGAGUAUACCCAGGAAGAUCUAUUAAUGUGCAACAAUUCAAUCAUCAAUAUAAAAUACGAUGAUGAAUACAAAGUUCGGACUGACUUUUCAAUACUCUACAAGAACAAGGUGUACGAUUAUACAGAGUAUAGAAUUUUGAAUGAUGUCAUAAAGAUUUGUAACUCCACUGAUAACUACGUAAGGAAUAUUUGGAAACUACGCAAUAAAUGGGUAAAGGCGAAAAUACAUCAAAGAAGUUGCAAUAAACCCAUUAGAGAGUAUUGGAUGAAACGACAGUAUUACACUGUGAAUAAGCAGUUCACUGUCUAUUCGGGACGUCGUGGUCAAUAUUUCCCAAGAAAUGACUAUGGGGUGGAAGACGGUAAACCUUUUACAUGCCAAGAAAAGUUCAGACCCGAAUCAACAGAGCAUACCCUGGAAGAUCUACUAAUGUGCAACGAUUCAAUCAUCAAUAUAAAAUACGAUGAUGAAUACAAAGUUUGGACUGACUUUUCAAUACUCUACAAGAACAAGGUGUACGAUUAUACUGAGUAUCGAGUUCUGAAUGAUGGCAUAAAGAUUUGUAACUCCACUGAUAACUACGUACGGAAUAUUUGGAAACUACGCACGGAAUAUUUGGAAACUACGCAAUAA